UAGGAUGUGUUAUUUUAGUGUUCCCUUUAUUUUUUUGAGCAGUGUAUAUGACUUUGUGGUUGUGGGUGGAUGUCAACUGCUGGCUGGAAUUCUCACUCAACUGUACCACUAAUAUGAACCUGUUCUACAGACUCUUGUAGACUACUAUGCACUGAAAAACAGUUAAUAUGUUACAAAUCAAAGCUUAACAUUGAAAUAUGUGAUUUCAAAUGAUUAAGUUAAAUUCAGAUAGGCAUGUUAUGUGCUCUCUAACACAAACAUAAAAUGUGUUGUUGUUGUAGACCUUUUAACAGAUCUAGUUGACCUCCACAGAAUGUGCACAUUAGCCACUAAUAUCUGACUUCAGUAUAGUUUAUAGAGGUGUAUAUGUCUGUCUGUGUCUUUCAGUUUCUAUUUAGACUACAUCAAAUAUGAAGAAGCUGUGCAGCCACACCAUGUUCAACAUGUUACCUAAUUAGCUAGCUAGCUGACAAUCUGGUUUACCUGUAGCAUAUAAACAUUUGUUGGCACAGAAAGAAAGGGGAUACGAAAAAUGAUUGAUCAAAUUCCUCCUGACACUAUCUGACUGGGUUAAUAACUUAAUAUUAAGUUAAUAUGGACCCAUUGUCUUAGACUUGAACUCUUGGACCAAACAGUGGGACUCUGAUUUCAGCCAUAGGGACUUGUGACUCGACUCCUGACUCCAACAUUGGUGACUUUGACUCAACUCAGAGUAGCCAUAGGGUCUUGUGAAUUGACUCGGACUUAUGCUUUUGUGACUCAACUACAACACUGCUGCCAUUACAUGGCUACUACUACUGCUUCAACUACCAAUUCUAGCAAGUUGUACCCCAGGUUGGGUACACUUUUCUGCUGCUCCCUCAAAAGCAUUAAGCAGACAUUUUGAUUAUACCUCCCUCCCCAUAACUCUCUGUUGGGGUGAGGCUUUCUACAAAUAUACGCAGCAAGAGGAUUACAACAGCUAACACAGGAAGCUGAAAUCCUGGGGUCUGCCUUAUGUUCCCUCAGUUCUACCCCAGUUUGAAAAUGUGCUUUUCAUCCAUGACCAGGCCAUGUUUCGGCCAUUUUGCCGCACUAGGCAAGUCUGCAAUAGACCUUCUCCUACCCGGAAAAGAAAUAGGCCUAUAGUGUACAAUGUUGGCCUAUAAUGUCAUUUUAUAACUAGGCCUAACAUUUGAUAGCCUACCAUUUGUAAAACAUGCAGUUGCGUUGGCUUUAUUAACCCAGUCCUGAUUCCUGACAAAGGCUUAUAGGGACUUGUCCUUUAAGAUAUGAACAUCAGCUACUCAUCAGCUACCCAAUGUUAUUAUGAGUUUUCUUGAGGCUUUUUGCAAAGAGAUCAAUGCUGAUGUAAAGGCCUACGUCUUCACAGCAGUACAAACCUGAAAUCACGUAUUAUCAUUACAUUUUAUUCCACAUUGUGAAACCAGGGAUCUAGUGGAAGAUAAAUGCAAAUAUGAUUAAAAAAAGGCCUGUUAUAAGAGAGAAAGAGAGAUUGUGGGAGUAGCUGAGUGCCUAUAGUGAGAGAUGGCUGUUAAUAUCAGUAGGCUGUUUGAGUGGUCUGUGGGCAGGUAAUUAAUCUGAUUGCUGAUGGGUUAGGUUGCUAGAUCAAAUCUUAACCUGCCAUAAGCUACUUUUGUGUCAGCAAGUCUCCCCAGUGAAAAAUGUACAUAUCCACCACUCCAUCUUUCAUGUACAGACCAUUCAAGUAGCUGCACUUACCACCUCACUGAUACUGAUUGUGUAAGCUACAAACCCAAAUUGUCUAAGGAAAUGUGGCUAACAGUAAUAACAUUGCAGACAUAUUCAGAAAUCUGGGCUGAUGGAAUCAUUGUUAUGCAUAUCUACUGGCCAUAAUUUCCGCUUGAGGUCCUGCCCCUCCCCCACUGCAAAGUGCACAACAGUACCAAACUAUCAAAGGUUUUAUAGGUCAACACAGUCCCCCCCCUCCCCCGUCCUGUAUAUUAUUUAUAUAUACUUGUGUUCCCAUAUGUACUUCCUGUAUUUAUGUGUUGUUAAUAAAAAUAUUAUAAUAAUAAAAGAUACACAGUUCCCCCUCCCCCAUGUUGCAGCAUAAAUCUCUGCUCAAGGUUGCCAUGUACACUAUUUGUGGUUUAUUGAUGUACUUUUAAAACUUUGUGGCAGGUGAAAGGUUUUGGUCGCUAGGUGGAAGUUGUUAUACUACUUCUAUAUUGCAACGUUACCAACAUGGCAUUUAAAAAAAAUCAUUAAUUUCGCCGUAUUCUGCUAAAAUUGUGCUAGUGAAGGUGGGUUUUGAAGGCUGGUUUUGAGCAGACUCCUAGAAAUUUGAAAUUGACCUGGCAAACCUGUCCCUGCCUGAGCGUGAUCACCACUGAAGUAGCUGUGCAGCACGUGUUUUAAGGAAGAGGAGGAUGGUUGCAGAUGUUUGCAUUCAUGCAAGAAGGUAAGCUAUUAACUAAACUGUUAACCAAUAUUCUAGCUAAAAUUGUAUUUGGUGUAUUGACAAGCAAUGCAUGUUCUCGUUGUCUUUAUUUUUAAUGAAUUAAUGUCAGUCAUGUAUGUCUUUCGGUGGAAUCCAACAUGCAUUGACGAUGUCUGAAAGCCGCAUUGUGUCAGAUAUACUGCGUCAUGACAUUGAAAUUGGCAGGUUUAUCCAAACAAUUCAUUAAUGUGCAAUUGUUACUUUGCAUGUUUCUACCUUAUAGUUAUUUGUGGCUUGCUAACGGUUAGUGUGCUAGCUAACUGUUAGCGUGCUAGCUAACGGUUAGCAUGCUACCCAUGCUAGUUAAAAAAAGAAAUAUGCUAGCUAUGGUUGCAAGCUAGCUAAUAAGUUUAGCAUAAUUGGUAAACGUGUCUAUGAUUUAGAAUACAUGAUUGUGGUUAACACAAUGUUACAUGCAUUGGAAAAUAAUAUUGCUAUAGUGUAACAAGCUAGCAAGAAAAGCCAGUUCCUUUUCAUCUGUUUUGUCAAGUCAUAAGCCUGUAUGUGUGUUAAAAUAUUUAAACCCCCUCAUUAAAUUAAUGUAUUGAAGUUGCGCCCGUUUUUUAUAGCCCUUUCUUACCCAAAUACCGUUUUUUACAUUGAAAUAAUUCAGAUGAAAAUAAGAAAUAUGUUAAACUAAUUAAGAAAUAAGUGACCAGAUUUUUUUUAUUGAAAACCAUGGACAUUAGUUUGGGUGGGGGGAGGGGCGUGGUGGGGUUCCUAGUUCUUUUUUUUUUGCACAUAAAAGAGUGAAACACCACAACAAGUAUAAGGGUUGUGGAAAGUGUCCAUUUUGGUAGGACUGUGACAAUUCACUGUCUUGAAAAAAUAUAUACAUAUACUGGCAGAUUCUUUAACCAAAUCCCUAUUUCUUACACACAUUUUUUAAGAUCGAAAACAUAAUGGAAGAUAAGAGUCCAGGAACCUACAAAGUAACCAAUGCGGUAUGUUUUCUGAUUUGCCUAGUAUUUAGAGUACGCUUGCCUUGCUUUAGCCAAACCACUCAUACUGAUUCUCUUUUAGUCCAUCCAUAAAAGCAGAUUCAGCUUUAGUUGCAUGCAGGAACUUGCAUAAUGUGCUUCUGUUAUGCUUAUACUUGCUUUUUUACCUUGAAAGUAGUUUUAAAAAAACAGAAAUUGUAAUAGAUGUUUGUUGGACCUCUAUUAGUCAAUGAUAACAGCCCCUCUAUUAGUCAAUGAUAACAGUCAUUGGUGUCCCCCAGCCCCUCUAUUAGUCAAUGAUAACAGUCAUUGGUGUCCCCCAGCCCAUCCCCUGUUGUGUGCCGAGCAAUCUUGUCAUUCUAUUAAGUCUCAACGUUUCUUUUUGUCUUCCUUUACAAAGGCACUGCAGAGGCUAAGAAGGCGCAUGGAAAAUCUAAAGAAGCAUAGUUCAACUUGUGAGGCCAGAUUUGAAAAGGAAAAGAUAAAUCCCGAAGCGCAGAUGUCAGACACCGAGGCUGCCAGUACCUCUGAGGCUGCCAGUACCUCUGAGGCUGCCAGUACCUCUGAGGCUGCCAGUACUUCUGGGUCGAUAGUCAAUGUGUUGGAUGAUGCACCACCGUUGAUCAGAACAGACAGUAUAUACUUGACCAAAGCUAUGCUUGGAUACAAGACUGAUGACUCAAUAACCAGCAUUGACAACAGUGAAGGUGAUUAUGUCCCAGGGCCAUCAGAAUCAUCAGAGGAAGACAAUUCUGAUGAUUUUUCAGAACCAAAGACAAGGGUGGACAGCAGUAAACACGUUGAUUUAGUCUCAGAGGGAGACAGUUCAGAUAAAAUAGCAGGAGUCAAGAGAAGGAAUCACUACAAGAAGACUAGCAAGAGAUGCAGAAGUUCCUCAGAAGAAAACAGCUCAAAUGAAGAAACAGAACUCAAGAGAAAGAAUCAAUAUGCAAAUACUUAUAAGAGAUGUACUAGUUCCCCAAUGUCAAACACUAGCAGUGAAUCAUUGCUUGUAAUGAAUGUCUCAGAAUUAGAUGGAUCCAAAAAGUACCACCAAAAAAAGCACUUCUGUCUGUUUUGCGAGCAACCGCAAUCCAAAAUUGCCCGUCAUUUACAACGUAAACAUGGGGAUGAAAUAGAAGUAGCUACUGCACUUCGGUUUGCAAAGAGAUCAAAAGCUAGGAGACUUCAGCUGAAUCUUCUUCGCAAGAAGGGGAAUCGGGCACACAACAUUCAGGCACUUAAAGAAGGAAAGGGGGUUUUGGUACCAUGUAAACAAACAAGUAAUGACAAGACCAAUCACCAGGACUAUCAGCAUUGUUUUGCCUGCCAUGGGCUCUUUAAACGCAAAUCUAUGUGGAGGCAUGUGGCAAGGUGCACACUAGCACAACACGUUCGAAAGGAGAUGCCUGGCAAAACCAGAAUACAGGCGCUCUGUGCUAAUGCUCAACCGGUUGCUAAAGGAGUGAGUGAAAAGGUAUGGAAACUUGUGAGUAACAUGGCUCAAGAUGAUGUAGCCCAUGCAGUAAAACAAGACAGAUACAUCUUGGCAUUGGGUGAAAAAAUGUACAACAAGAAAGGGGAGAACCCCUCACAACACCAGCACAUUCGUCAAACUUUGCGAGAACUAGGGAGACUUGUGAUUAAAGGUAGAAAGGUGACACCACUGAAAAAGAUGAAGGAUUAUAUCAACCCAAAACACUUCCAACACAUCAUAAAAGCUGUCAAAGAAGUGACUGGCUAUGAUGAAAAGACAAACAAAUUCGAAAAAGCAACCCUGGCGACAAAGCUUGGGCAAAGCAUCCAGAAAAUUGCAGACAUCAUGGAGGGUGAAGCUCUUAUUACCCAGAAUGAAGAAAAGUUGAAGCUUGUCCGAGACUUCCAAGGCAUCUACCGUCUUCGCUGGAAUGAAAUGAUCUCUUCUGCUGCAUAUCGUACACUUGAACAGAAGAAAUGGAACGCACCGCAGCUUAUUCCAUUAGCAGAUGACGUUAAAAAAAUACACAUGUACUUAGAUGAAAAGCAGAAACAAUACUACAACCAACUGUGCGAUGAGAAAACCUCAGGAAAAUGGAGCAAUCUAGCAAAAGUGAUACUGGCUCAGAUGAUUAUCUUCAACAGGAAAAGAGAGGGAGAGGUGUCAAAGAUGUCUGUGGCAACAUUUCACUCCAGGGACAAAUCCCCACUUAACAAAGAUGUUGCAGUGGCGCUAACAGAGGUUGAGAGACUACUCUGUGCGCAUUUUGAACGCAUUGAAACCUGUGGGAAGCGUGGCAGGAAGGUGCCUGUAAUCCUUACUCCAGUGAUGGUGGAAUCUUUAGAGCUGCUUAUCAAAGAGCGGUGCUCAUGUGGAGUGAGCGAAGGAAAUAUCUACUUAUUUGCCAGGCCAGGAUAUGAUACACAUUUUCGGGGGAAUGACUGCAUCCGCGCCUAUGCCAAACAAUGUGGUGCCAAGUUACCUGAAGCAUUGUCAUCAACUAAACUACGAAAACAGGUUGCCACCCUCUCCAGAGUGUUAAAUCUCAAUGAUACAGAACAGGACCAGUUUGCUGACUUCUUGGGUCACGACAUUCGGAUUCAUCGAAAGUUCUACCGUCUUCCAGAGGGAACGCUUCAGUUGGCCAAAAUAAGUAAAAUACUGAUGGCAUGUGAACAGGGCAGAUUGGCAGAGUUCAAGGGGAAAAGUCUGGAUCAAAUAACCAUCAGUCCCAGUGAAAAAAGCAUGGCUGAAAAUAAUGAGGCUGCAGACUCUUGUUCAUCAGAGAACGACUCUGAGAGAGAGGAGUCAUCUGAAAAAUCCUAUGAAGAAAAUCUGACCGGAGAGAUGUCAGCGAUUCGGGCCAAACAGCCAAUGACUAAGGGAAAGCUGGGACAAAAGAGAGGCUCACAUGAAAUUGAUGCUGCAGCCACUGAUUGUGCAUCAGAGAACGACUCUGAGAGAGAGGAGUCGUCUGAAAAAUCCUAUGAAGAAAAUCUGACCGGAGAGAUGUCAGCGAUUCGGGCCAAACAGCCAAUCACCAAGGGAAAGCUGGGACAAAAGAGAGGCUCACAUGGUGCCAAAGGAACAAAAAGGUUUUGGUCGACAAUAGAGGUGGAUGCAGUUGAAGAUUCCUUGAUGAAUUUUAUCCGAAUGGGAAAAACGCCUGGAAAACAAGACUGUGAGAAAUGCAUUGCUGCUUCUGGCCAAGCGCUAGUAAACAGGGACUGGAGAGCAGUAAAGUUCUAUGUACACAACAGAAUAGUUGCAGAUCAGAGAAAAUAAGUGUAUAAGAUGCUUCUAUCUUGGUGUACCUCUGAGGAUUUAAUGGGACUUACUUGACUUAAGCUCAUAGGCAGUUAAUGAAUGUCCUCCAUCUCACUCUGUUUGGGGGAAGUUUUCCCAGGUGGGUUGUUCACUUUUGGAGUGAUUAAGGUCUCAAGAAUACAAAGCCUGCUGACUUUGAAUGUUACAGAAAAAUAAAAAACAUUUUUCUAAACUA